AUGAUAGGGACCUACCUUCACAUGUUUUCGUACGCUACUGCUAAACAAGACAAUGAGCUUUUGACGUGUAUCGACGAACAAGGUACUUUACACUUGAACGUUCAUGGGUCCCCCCAGCUGCAAGUACAAUGCCCUAAUCAAAUACACAUUGGAAAGUGGCAUCAUGUAUGUCACACGUGGUCAUCAUGGGAAGGUGAGGCGACUAUUGCCAUGGAUGGUUUCCAUUGCAAAGGUAACGCAACUGGGAUCGCCGUGGGAGCUACGCUUAGUCAAGGUGGCUUAGUUGUUCUUGGACAAGACCAGGACAGUGUCGGUGGUAAGUUUGAUGCGGAACAAAGUUUGGAAGGAGAACUGAGCGAACUUAAUCUUUGGAACACGGUUCUGAAUCACGAACAGAUUAAAUAUUUGAGUAAGUGUGCGCAUCCUUCGGAAAGACAUAUCCAUGGAAACAUAAUUCAAUGGGAUAAAACACAAUUUAAGGCUUACGACGGAGUUGUUCUUUCUCCUAACGAAAUCUGUGCUUAGAUGA